UAGAACGAUCAGUUUAGUAUCGCACUGGACCUCGUCCCAAUAUGUACUGGAUAUAUAUAUUAUUGGUUUUAAAUAUUGAAUUAAUAACAUCUAGUGUAGUGAUAACGAGACAUGAAGAAGAAUGUGUGUUAGAUUCAAAGUUAGUGGAAGAGAUCAAAUCUUAUGAAAAUGUAACGAAACAUAUAAUUAAUGAAAUAAUCAAUGGUGGUUUCGGAGCUGCUAUGUACGAUGAAUACACCAAAUUCAUAGACAAGUUUGGGGCUCGAAUCUCUGGGAGUGAAGCAUUAGAACGAGCAAUAGAUCACAUGGUUAAUUUAACUGUUCGAAAUGGAUUAAAUGACGUCACAACAGAAGAUGUUAAAGUCCCACAUUGGGUACGAGUAAAAGAAUCAGCGGAAAUGGUCCAACCUUACUACAAAAAUAUUGCCCUUCUUGGAUUGGGCACCAGCGUAAGUACACCACUUGAAGGCAUAACCGCGGAAGCCAUUGUCAUAAGCAGCUUCGAAGAACUUGAUAAAACUGAUGCAUCGAAAAUUAAAGGUAAAAUAGUUGUGUUUGAUGCCCACUAUGUAACUUACGGAGACACUGUUGUAUAUAGGGGACAUGGAGCAACAAAGGCUUCACAAAAAGGAGCAAUAGCAUCUCUAAUAAGAAGUAUUACACCAUUUUCUAUUUACUCCCCGCACACUGGCGAUCAAACAUAUGGUGAAAACAUUACUAAAAUUCCAACAGCAUGCAUCACCCUCGAAGACGCCGAUUUAUUACGUAGACUUCAAGAUCAAGGAGAGAAACUAAUCCUAACUCUAAAAAUGACGUAUACAUACGACGAAAAGACUUCCAGAAAUACAAUAGUAGACCUUAAGGGAAAAGAUAACCCUGAAAAAAUGGUAAUCGUAUCGGGACAUAUUGAUAGUUGGGAUGUUGGAGAAGGAGCCAUGGACGAUGGAGGUGGCAUGAUCAUAAGCUGGUUUGCACCAGUUAUAUUAAACAUGUUGAAAUUGAAACCAAAAAGGACAAUACGCGCAAUUUUGUGGACUUCCGAAGAAUUUGGCUACAUCGGUGCUGCUGCGUAUCUACAAAAACACUUAAACCAAUUACCAAAUAUCAAUUUCAUAAUGGAAUCCGAUGAGGGUACUUUUAAACCUUUAGGGCUCGAAGUAGCCGGGUCGCCGAAAGCCCUCUGUAUUAUAAAAGAAGUAUUGAAACAAUUUGCUCCUAUAGAUAAAUUAACAAAAAGUGAUUACCCGGGUUCUGACAUCGUAUUAUUUAUUGAAAAAGGCGUGCCAGGAGCAUCGUUGUUAAACAAAAAUGAACGAUAUUUUUGGUACCACCACUCUGAAGCUGACACUAUGAACGUACAAAAUAAGGAUGACGUAAUAGAAUGUGCUGCUUUUUGGGCAGCAGUCUCUUAUGUUAUUGCGGAUUUAACCGAAGAUAUGCCUCGAGCGUAAAUGAGUACAAUGUCGGUUUAAUUUUAAGGAUCUGUUAAAUAAACUAUUUAAGAAAUAA